AUGGCGCAACCCAGCAAUACAGAUGGCACGGUGACCAUGCCGCGGUUGGAAGACAUCCUUCGACACCCAGAGGACCUGGAUAAAAUUAACAACCUGAAGGCCGAAUACGGGCGCAAGAAAGCCGCUGUUGACUCCCGGCUCCGAGAAGGACUUCGCGACCAGCUCGAGGCCGUACAGCGCAGCAUUGGACAACUCACCGAGGGCCAGCGGUCCGUCUCAAAAACCAGAGAUGAGCUCCAGAGCAUCGAUAAGCUGUGCGCCGAGUCGCAGACUAGCGUUGAGGACUUCUCGCAGAUCGACCAGCUAGCUCGGAUCCAGCGGCACUUUGAAGCGACGCUCAUGAUGAAGAAGGGAUUGGAGAAUUUCGGCGCAGAUAUCGAGGAGGUGGAGAAUUUGCUGAAAGAGGAUGAUGAGGAUCUGGAGAAUCAGCCGAAUCUGCUGCGGGCUCAUAUGCAGAUCUCGCGGUUGCGGGAUUUCCGGGAUGAAGCCAUGGAUCAGAUUCGCAAAGCCCAGGAUGCCAGUAGCGAAGUUACCCUGACGGAAUACUUUCAGGGGCUGGACUCGGUGAUUGACUUUUUCGAUGAUCAUAUCGGCACGGCGUGUAUGAAUCUCAUUCCGUUGGUGCAGUCUGACAAUAAGAGCAUGGUGGUGCGGCUCGCUGUGGUGGUUAUGAACGAGGAGAAGAACGAUGACACUGUGCGGGCCUUGCAGGAGGCCCAGAAAGACCACAAGGACUUGGCCAGUCGCUUCAAGUCGAUGAAUAUCGGCCCGAAGACGGUUCGAGGCUACAAGGAGAAGUUCAUUCAGGCCAUUGAGUUGUACGCGCAAAAUCAGUUUGAGCAGACCAAGGACCAGUUCUACGAUAACCCCGACAGCCUGGAGAAGAGCUUCCGGUGGUUCUUCAAUGAUCUUUAUACCGUCCAACAAGGCAUGCAAAACCUGGUUCCCAAGAAAUGGAAGAUCUACAGGACCUAUACGGACAUUUAUCAUCGCAUGAUGCACGAUUUCCUAGUCAGCAUGAUUGACGACCCCGAAAUCCCCGCCGACAACCUGCUGGCUAUCAUCCACUGGAGCGACAAGUACUACAAGAAGAUGAAGAAACUCGGGUGGAUCGCGGCCGAUCUCCAGCCGAACCUGCUGGACGACCGCGAGCCCGAGUUGGUGCGCCAGUGGCAGAGUGUUAUCAUCAAUGCCGUGGAGGAAUGGAUGGAACGCAUCUUUGAAACUGACAAGAAGAGCCUGGUGGAGCGGGUCCCAGAUGCCCUGGAUACCAACGCCGAAGGAUAUUUCCGCACCAAGACACUGCCAGAUAUGUGGCGCAUGCUCCACGAACAGGUUGUGGCGUCUGGGGCCUCCGACCGAGCCGACGUUGUCGAAGGUGUUAUCGAUGCCAUGUUCCGUGCCCUGAAGACCAGACAGAGUGCAUGGCAGACGCUUAUCGACGAGGAGUGCGCCAAGCACAAGGCCUCUGGUGGUGAUCAGCCUGAGGGCAUCCAGCUGCUACAGGACUGGAUGGUCGGCGUGGCCAACGACCAAAUCGCCUGCAUUGACGACAACGAAGAGUCCGGCCAGAUGGGUUAUCUGACCCGGUUCAAGCGCGACCUCGAGCCGCUCGUGACACCCAAGUACAUGGCAACGCGGGCGCUAUCAGAGCUGGACGCGCUACGCGACGGGUACGUGGACCUCAGCACACACUGCCUGGCGCAGUUCGUGGCUGUUGUGUUCUCCGUGGACCUGGUGACCGUGAUCCCGGAUUUCUUCACACCGAAGUGGUACGGCGAGUACGCAAUGAAACGCAUCACCUCUACGUUUGAGGACUACAUGGCCGACUACACGCCCGUGCUGCAUCCAUCCCUGGUGGAUAUCUUGGUGGAGGAGCUAUCCGACGAGCUGCUAGUCCGAUAUCUAUCCGCCGUGCGCAACCGCGGCGUGAAAUUCCGCCGCCAAUCCGAUCCUUACACGGAUAAAUUCAAGGACGACGUGCUCACGGUGUUUGCCUUUUUCCAGAAAUACCCCGACUCCUUCGCCGCGACCAUCAAGCAGAAUUGGCGUCUUGUCGACUGGUUGGUGCGCCUGCUUGAGGCUGAGAAGGGCCCGCCCAUCGUCGCGGUCUACGAGUCUUUCAAGGUCGAGUACUGGGAUCUGCAGCUUUCGUGGGUGGAGGCUGUGCUGCGGACUCGCGAUGACUUUGAGCGCAGUAUGGUAAGCUCUGUUAAGGCCAAGGCGGCGGAGUUGUCGGUCGAGCGGGGGUGGAGACUAUUAUGA